UGGAGAGAUAGACGAGAGUGAAUUCACUGACAAAAUCUCUAUCUCGAGUAGUAUUUCAUUUUUACUAUUUGAAAAUGCUGCGGAAAGGAACAGAGAAAAGAAUGGGUUCGGAGAUACUGUGGCGUUGAAAUCAUCAUGGAGGAUUCGAAUGAUGAUGUCACCCUUACUUCGUUUCGCCCAAUCAGUCCAGAAAAUUCCAAAACGGGUUUUUCUUUAGCUCGAUUUUUUCAGAGAAAACGUCAUGAUGCAAGAGUGGAAGGCAAGGUUAAUGCAGCAAAGAGUCAACGUCGAGCAAGCCCUCUGACAAGUCCUCGAAGCUCUCCUAAACUACAGAAGCGAACGAAAAGUCCAGAGCCGUUGUACCGAUCAUGGUCAUCAGCUUUGCCAUUGGUCGGUCACAGGACCAGCGCGCACAGCACGUCUGUACCCGCGCGGCGUGUCUCGCCUGGCUACCGCAACGUGCACGCCGUGCUUGGCCGUUUAAAUGCGGCAGCAGGCGAGAGAGGACAGCUACGACAAGAGUAUAAAGAGAGUGAUUUCAAGCAAUAUUGGAUGCCAGAUGACCACUGUAAAGAAUGUUAUGAGUGUGGUGAAAAGUUCAACACUUUUCGUCGUCGGCAUCAUUGCCGUCUUUGUGGCCAGAUAUUCUGCUACAGGUGUUGUUAUCUGGAGAUUCCAGGGGUGAUCAUGGGUUACAAUGGGUUUUUAAGGGUGUGUAUUUACUGUCACAAUGUUGUGCAUCACUACACCCAGUCAUCUGAUUUAAAUGCGGUGCGGAACCUGGAACAGCUACAGGCUGACGUGGGUGCUAUCAGUUCUGAUCCAGAUCUCAGUGCCAGUAACAGCAGCAACAUGAACUUGAAUGUUCCCAAGGGCUAUCCCUUUGAUUUUGAUGAUGAUGAGAACUUCUGUGGUCCACCAACCCUUAGGAAAAUCAGCAGCUCAAGUGGGACAGGGAUGAGUUCUUACUAUGAGAAGCUGGAACCAAAAGAUAGGCCAUCACCCAUGCCAGGAAGGAGACCUUUUGAUGCAUUUGGAGUAUGUGCAGCAGAGGCUGACAUGUUGAAGCAGGAUUCUUUCCGAGAAUUAUGGAAUCAAAUAAUGUCUCCAAGAUCUGGGCUGGACCUGCAGAGUCACAGGUUUCGUUUAAGGACUUAUCAAAAUUGUUUUGUUGGAAGUGAGUUGGUAGAUUGGUUCCUUACGCAUGAAAAGGCAUCCACAAGACAACAAGCAGUUAUGAUAGGACAAGGCUUACUGGAGUCUGGCUGGCUGGAACCUGUUCCAAACACUCGUGAUGGGGGAGCAGUAUUCAAAGAUGAAUAUAUCCUUUACCAGCCUGGAGUUGCUGCAGCACGUGAGAUUUCCACCAAGAGACCGUCUUUAUUCUGGUCAGAUUCAGACAAAUCUGGUGAUAAAAACGAGCCACUGAAUGAGAGUGAUGAGAUACAAAACAUUCCUGAAAAUGUUGAUGAUGAUAAUGAUGAAAUGGUGCCGCACUGGUUUCGUCAACUAGAGCAGCAAGGAGUUGAAUCGGCUAUUGAAGAAUUUGACACUAGUUUCAGUCUUGAGGCACCUGGAAAAUUGAACAAUCAUAAAACAGGACCAAAAGUACUGGACCUUGACCUGAUGAAUGGUGUCGCUACAGAGGGUGGAAACAGCGAGAUGUCACUCAAGGUUGACUUGCAUCAUUUUGGAGAGCCAGGAAAACUUAGCACAACAUCCCCGGAUACCAGUGGUGAAGCAAAAGCAUCGCAGCUUUCCCUGAUCACUGAUGUUCCCCCACCCCCACUGGAACAGUAUGUGUACAAUGAAGGGUACCCAUACACCCCUUUGAGACCAAGUAACAAGAAGAAUCAAGAAGAGUUGGUAUUGAGCACCAGUAAUACUCCUGACGAGAUCUUCAGUGGUGCUAUGAUAGCAAGAAAGAUUGGUGUGGACCGACCUCCAGAACCUGAACUUGGCGAACUCAGAGAAGACAAUGGAGAGAGACUAGCCAUGGAACGGCUGAGGACUUCUCAUGCUUACCAUUUGAAUAUACUGUUGGAACAGCUACUGAAGGAUGCUGGACUAUCAGUUGAUUGGAAAGAUACCAUACUACCCCUUGUAAUGAGAAUUAGUGAACAGGUGACUCCUGAUGUUCGUAGAGACGAUGAUAUGAACAUAUGUGAGUAUGUGAAGUUCAAAAAGAUUCCUGGUGGAAAUAAAAGCGACUGUGAAAUGAUCAGUGGAGUUGUGUUCACCAAGAACAUCGCGAAUAAAAAGAUGGCCUCUAUGCUGAGUAAUCCUAAAAUUCUGGUCCUUAGGUGUGCUAUUGACUAUCAGCGAAAUGAAAAUCGCCUGGCAUCUUUGGAUCCUCUUGUCCUUCAAGAAUCCGAGUUUCUUAAGAACUUUGUGGCUCGAGUGCUUUCUUUACGACCCAAUAUCUUAUUGGUGGAGAAAAGUGUUUCACGUCUGGCGCAGGAAAAUCUUCUAGAAAGGGGGAUUACACUGGUGUUGAAUGUUAAACCAAACGUGAUUGAGCGCAUUGCUAGAUGUACACGGGCUGAUGUUCUUCGUUCCAUGGAGCAGCUUAGUCGGCCACAACUGGGAACAUGUCAGUCAUUCAGGGUACAGAGAUACACUCUAAAGCAUGGAGAGUCCAAGACACUCAUGUUUAUUGAAGGCUGCCCAGCUGAUCUGGGUUGUACAGUAAACUUACGAGGCGGGAACAGUUUCGCGUUGGCUAAAGUGAAGCGGAUCUUUCGACAUAUGGUGUACGUUGCUUACAGCUUACGACUAGAGCAGCAUUUUCUAAUGGAUGAGUUUGCUAUGCCUCCUGACACCAGUCAUUUGUUGGAAGAGUGGGAAAUGGCGAAUAGGAAUUUCGAAAAGAGGUUUAAAGUACGUGAAAAUGAAGUGGAUGGGAAGGAAGACUGCAAGGAAUCUUGUUCAGAACAGAAUAAAAACUUGCCUAAAGCGUCUCAGCAGGAUACUGUAGAAGGAAGUGAUCUGUUCAUGACAGCACUGAAAAGCACCGUGCUGUCCAGUUCGCCGUUUCUGGACUAUCCAAUCCCGUACUUACUGACGGAAGCAGGUCGAAACAUGGCUCUGAGAUCCACGCUUCCACCGGAUAUUUACUGGUCUUCAAGGCUUUCGUUGGACCAUACCAGUCGUCCCUUGACCGAAGAAGGACUAGAGGAGUUUGAUUUUUCUAAGCAUCCUCACCAGCGAUGUCUAAGUAAACGUGUUUGCAAGUUAGAGCCUCAUCCGCUGUUGUCAGCGACGUUAACUCUGGAGCCCGGUGGUAUGGUGUACCAAACACUACUGUCCGACUUUCGCGCACAGGGAGGGCAAAUUCAUCUGACGAAAAAUGGGAUGUCUGUGCGUAGGAGUCAAAGCAAGGUAUUGGAGCAUUUCACCAAGAAGACACCGAUUGAGAAGAAUACCGAGCAAGGCAAGAUCCAGGGAGGUUAUCGCAAAGGAAAGGGUAAAGCCCAUGGAAAAACUGUUGAGUCAAAAGAGAAGAAAGAUCCGUUUGUUCCAACGAGCCCACUGCAUUUUAAUCGAAAGCAUAUGGAUUGUUUGGAUCCUUAUUUCCAUCAGAGAAUAGCUGUGUUAUUCAUCAGCUACUCAAACGAAUCGAAUAAUUCACCCCGACCGUGCAUCAGUCCGUGGGCCGUCUUUAUGGAGUUUUACGGACGAAAUGAUAUCACCCUUGGUGGAUUUCUCGAGAUUUACUGCUUCAGGCCUUCCUACAUCUGUCCCAACCCGAACUGUGACAUACCCAUGGUGGAUCACGUGAGGUACUUCGCUCAUGGGACUGGGUCCGUGUACAUUCACAUGAGGAAUCUAGAGUCACCUAUCCCAGGAUUCCAACACACCAUUCUCACAUGGAGCUGGUGCAAAGAAUGUAAACAGGUAACGCCAAUUGUACCCCUAUCCCCUGAGGCAUGGGCAUUGUCGUUUGCUAAGUACCUGGAAUUGAGAUUUUACGCAGGAAAUUACAAGCGCCGAGCGAGUGUGGAACCAUGCGGACAUUCUCUCCACAAGGAUCAUUAUCAGUACUUUGCUUAUGCUAACAUGGUAGCUUCUUUCAAGUACCGCCCAAUCAAACUGUUCGAGAUAGCCAUCCCCUCUCCACAGAUUUUUAUUCAAGAAAAAACAAGAGAUGCCAGCUUUUGGAUCAGCGACUUACGUGCCAUGACAACCAAAGGUGACACAGUAUUUGCUGCGAUUUCUGACCGCCUUGAGUCCCUGAAAGAUUACCCUAUUAUUUUGCCCGAACGCCAAGCAAGAAUACAACAGUUAUUUAAAAUACUCAAUGACGAGCACAAGCGUUUCCUGGAGCAAAUUGAAAUUGUGGAAAAGAAAGCGGCCAGUCUUCAGGAGCUAGAUAAUCCGCUGGCCACAGAGGACGUGAGCACCUGCGAAAACCUGGCUCCCGAAGAUAGAUUGGCUUUAGAGUACGUCAUAGCAAACAGCUUGAAUAGUCUCAAGAAAACCCUUUGUGAAGCUGUAGAGAGUUGGAACAACACGUUACAAGAAUACGCUCAAGCUGAAAAGAAGAAAAAUAUCAAAUCCGUGACGUCUUCUUACAAAGAAGGGAAGCUGUUGUCUUCAAUGCAAAGCGAUGCAAAGUCCGUAUCCGAGCAGCUGUCAAAAUCGACUGAUCUUAUACGUGCGUCUGACAUCAGUGUUCCAGACGGUAAUCUUAGCCCUGCUCUCACCCCCUGGGGAUCAAGAUCACCAUCACCUCACCCCAACCCUGAGAUAAACGAAGAUGAACCCGAAGUAUUGAAUAAGACAGACUUGGAGGUACUCCAUGCAACAACUGGUUUUCGACCCAUUCAGUACCCGGAGAAUGAAACCUGCACCCCUGGGGAUUCCCCCACGGCUGGUAUUUUACCCGUAGGAGGUGUGGUUAAGGGACAUUCCACGCCUGAGGCAAAAAAGGAGACCCUAGCUAGGGUGGGUCUGGACAAAGAUGUUUCAAGGAUUGAAAGACCUGCUGACUCCAUUAAAGCCUUUGUGGCUGUUGUACCGAAGCGGGAAGAACCACAAAUUUCUGAUAGAUCAAAUAGUGGAGAAGUCGAAGGUGCGGCAGCUAUCCUUGAAAACCCAACUAAGAAUUCUUCAGAAGUAAAGAUGGCAGGCCAGGAAAAUGUUCGAGUUGAUGCUAUGAAUAUACGUCCUGAAAAGGAUCCUUCUGGUGUCAAUGUGGGCGGUAUAGAGUGGCCUGUGGAUGUUGAGGUGGAAGAAAGUAAGGGGGAAAAUCUUGAGGUUGAGACGUAUGGCGCCAAGGAGCCUGAUGAUAGCAAGACGGAAGUGGCCAAGGGUCCCUCUAGCGACAAUAUGGUAGACGCAAACGAUCCUUUCGGAGAUGAGAUGGACGCAGAAACAUUUAAGGGUGCUUGUACAGAGAACUCUGGAGGAGAGCAGGGACGUUGUGGAGGACCAUUGAAAGUUGAAAAUGAACUGCACCUUAAAGGCAACAGAACCUCCUCUUGGUAUAUUGUUGAAAAAGAGACCGAAGACGGUGAAAUGUGUAAUUCAUCUUAUGACGGGAAACAAAAUGUAAGUCAUGAACAAUCUUUAACGUCUUUGGAAGAAGAAAGUGAAGCUCAGGGAACUGAGACACAAACGUUAAAAACGACUUUCGUACGUGGUCAUCGCAGAGUGGCGUCGUCCCCCCCUUUCAUUGCUGUAUUAUCGAAGGAAAACGAAGUUGUUCCGGAGGGGAAGUCUACCAGUGCUGUAAACUGUGUGGAGAGGAGCAGAAGUGACUCUGAUCUAAGUUCACAUGCGAAAAAAGACCCCAAUGAGUCUGUGUUGUCAACUGAAAGCAACUUAGAGAAUCUGGUUGAAGAUGAAACCGAUGCAGGUUGGCGUGGAAAAGGAGACAGGACAGCUAAGAAAAAGGAAGCAAAUGACUCUUGUGGUGAACGAAACACGCACGAAGUUAGAAAAGUGAUACCAUCAGCUUUUAACAAGAAAAGUCUCUAUAGGGCCCAGUCUGUGGGGGCUACAAACCAGGGCGGUUCACCAAAGAAGGGUGUUGUUCGUUCACAAUCUUGGGCGGUUAAUCAGUGGCAAGUGACUGCUAAAAAGGCUCUUGUCUCAGAUGGAGGAGACCCGGAUGCUACGCCUGCCACAGACGCAUCAGUUGGAACCAGCAAGCGUGAGAAAGUGAAAAACAUCAUCUCAUCAUUUAUGUCCGGCUCUGCCUUUCAGCCAGUACCGUCCACUUUUCCAAGUCACGAACACCACCUCCUCCCCCCUGGGGAGAAAGUUCUCGUCGUUGUGAGUGAGAAAGAGACUAGCUCCAUCAUAGCUUAUACACUGAGUACAAAGGAAUACAACGAACGCUUGCUUCAAAUUCAGCAGACACUAUCAGAGAUCAAGAACGGGGCAGCUAGAGAACACUUACAGGGCAAAGGGGACGUCAUUAAAACUGGAGAUUUAUCUGUCAAAAGCCUUUCACAUCUGGGCAGUCAUUGUGGUACACAGACGUUCAUUAGAGUUGAUUCCAGUCCAGAGGGGGGAGAAGGUUAUGUGCAUUUAGACAUUGUGAAUCCCGAAACGGGAUUGGCAGUGGGAGAAGAAGGGGAAACGCCUUCUGUUGCCAAAGAAAAGUUAGAAUUCAUGAGCAAGAGUCAAGAAUUCCACGCAGAGCCUGAGCCACAGGCCACCCAACAUGCUAAACACCGAAAAGUGGAGAGAGUUGUGUUUACAAAAGGGAAGAACAACGCCCCUUGUCCCAAGGACGACGCAAAGAAGGUGGAGAAUAACGCACCGCCAGACAUUCCAGCACAAGAUGACAUCGGACUCCUGCAGUUUGGCUUUCAAAGGAAGGAUGCAAACCCAGCUGUGGAUUUUCAUGUUAAGCACCAGUUUGCUGACAGUACUUGCCGAUUUUACUGCAGUAUCUAUUACGCGGAGCAAUUCAGAUCUCUGCGAAAGAGGAUCUUUCCUGACGGCGAGGAGAAGUACAUCCGUUCCCUGCAGCAUUCAGUUUCAUGGGGAGCACGUGGUGGAAAAUCCGGAUCUGCCUUUUUCAAGUCAUUCGAUGACCGGUUUGUCAUGAAGCAGAUGUCAAGACUGGAGUUGCAGUGUUUUCUGGAGUUUGCACCACACUACUUCUGCUACAUCAAUAAAGCUCUAGAUGAACAGCGACCGACCUUGUUGGCAAAGAUCCUGGGAAUAUACAGGAUUGGCUACAAGAACUCACAGACAGGUGCUACGAUGAGACAGGAUGUGCUUGUUAUGGAAAAUUUGUUUUACGACCGCAAAAUCGACAAGACUUUCGAUUUAAAAGGUUCCAUGAGAAGCCGGUACGUUCAGACUUCCGGGAUGAAGAACGAUGUAUUACUGGACGAGAACCUGCUUGAAAUGAUCCGUGAGUGCCCGAUAUUUAUCCGCCCGCAUUCCAAAGCCAUUCUCUCACGUGCUAUUCACAACGACACCGAGUUCCUUGCUCAGCAGAUGGUGAUGGAUUAUUCACUGUUGGUAGGCAUAGACGAAGCCCGGUCUGAACUGGUCACCGGAAUCAUAGAUUUUAUUCGAACAUUCACUUGGGAUAAGAAGUUGGAGAUGUACGUAAAAGCCAGCGGCAUUCUUGGAGGCCAAGGAAGAAUGCCUACAGUAGUGUCCCCGGAGUUGUACAGGACACGAUUCACUGAGGCCAUGCACAGAUACUUUCUUAUGGUCCCUGAUAAAUGGACAGGGCUUGGAAGUGACCUUGACUAAGGGGCCAUUGUAGACGUGUACCUCUCAUCAAAGCCUUGUUCAAAUACUUUAGUGGUGAUUUCAAAAUAAUGGACCGUGCUUGGAAGUGAACACGUUUAAGAUACCGCCAUGUUGUCCUCAUUUUACUUUGGUGCAUGAUUCACGGAAGCCUCCCAUAGGUGCUUUAUUAUGGUUCUUAGUUGAGAAAUAGUCCGGUUCUGAAUAAGGGACUUCUUUGCUGUUGCUCGGGGUGCUGGGAACUGAUUGGACGGCAUCCAUUUUACACAAAUCCCUCUUACAUUCGCUUCUAACUGUACCCGCAAUUGCUAGGAUACGUUCUGGAAUUAGAGGAUACAGCAGAUCAAGACACGAACGCUUUUUGCCACAGACGAUCAUUCUUAGACAAAUAUACUUGCAUACUUCAGGGGAAGGGAGGGGCUACAUGUUCCCUUGUUGACGAUAUUUGUAAUUGAAUGUAUAAUUUAUGUAACGAAAAGUUUGUAUAGAAUUUAAUGAAAUUGUAAAUUAUUUGUAGAAAUGAUGAAUGGAGAGGAAGAUUGACAUUUUCUUAUUAAAACAGAGAUAACGAAAAUGAUACGCGCAUAUUGAAAAAAAUGUUGAAACUGAUGGGGUAAUGUUUGUUAUUCUAGUGGUUUCUAUGUAUAUUUGGGCAGCCUUUAUUAAUUUUACUUUUUUUUUUUCUUAAUGUGACAUUUCGUCAAUGUUAGACUUGUCAUCAGACAGGUGUGUUAAUAAAUUAAGAGAUAACGAAACACAAUUUUUAUGAUGAAAGAGCAGAAAGGGGUAUCUUAUUGAGCGGAAAUAAAAAAUGUUACUUCCGCGUUUGGCGCAAAUUUAUAACUUGGAAUUUAGGAAAUGGAGCUGCCUAGUAAAAGCCCGUUUUAAUGCAGUGAAUCACACACCACAGAAUAAAACAAAGCUCCUACUUUUAGCCUGAUCUGUUUCUUAAGAACAGGGUAAUUUAUUAACGUAAAUUGGCCACCGUAAAGAGUUUAAAAGCUGACGUUUCGAGUGUUAGCGCUUCGUCAGAGCGAUUGGAGGAAUUGUAGGUUGUGUGUGUUUAUAUGCAGAAAAUAGAGCUACGCCAUUGGUGGGAGUAUGGUGACGAGAAAACAAGAAUAAAUUCCAAUCGCUCUGACGAAGGGCUGACGCUCGAAACGUCAGCCUUUUAACUCUUUACGGUGACCAAUUUACGUUUUCAACUCAGUUGUUAACACUAAAUUACAUGCUACACUCUUCCACCGACGCAGCAGCACAGUUUCUUUAGAAACUUACCUCCUUUAUUCAAGAAUAAAUUACUUGAAUGAAAAGCGCUCUUUGAUGCCGUGGAGAUUAAAAGUGCCGAAUUGAAAGAUAAAUUUUUGUUCUAGAGUUUUGCGGCUUUCCGAACUAGGGGGAAAGGCCGCAAACUGCCAUAUGAUGCUUAGAAUGGUA